AUGGCGAUGUGUCGUAAUUUAUAUAUAUCUUUCAUUGUUUCAGAACGCCUUAACGUUCUAUACGAACGUAAUUGGACGCGGCUGGUCCACGAACAGCUGCGGAAAUUCGAGUCAUCGAUCGUGGCAGCAGCGCGGCAAACGGACACACAACCGACAGAGCUGCUCGACACUAAGUGGACCUUCUCCGGCGCCCUCAUAUAUUGCAUUACCCUCAUUACGACGAUAGGAUAUGGAAACGUCUCGCCCCGCACUACUGCUGGCAGAGCUGCAACAGUGGCAUACGCAGCAGCUGGUGUACCAUUGACAUUGGCUUGCUUGGCAGGCCUUGGUGCGUCACUGGCACGACUGGCCAGAUUAGCGUGGCUUCGCGCCACUAAGGAUAAAGUGCCCAAUACAUGGAGAAAAGAUGGUGAGUCGGAGAAUCACUUUCAACUGCAUGAGCAACAGCGUCUACUACCACAACCGCUGGAGCAUAACCAGUACACGUCGUUCCCCCCGCGGGCUCACAGGUCUCCAGGUACUGUGAAGGCGAGAGCUGGUGAUAGAGGACAGUAUUGCCAAGUGUUUGAGAAAGUGCCGACCAGUCCUAGAGCGGCCACGAUGGGACGAGUGAAGCGUGGCACCUUAUCAGAUGAACCACAAACAUCGACAGCUCUCCAAACGCAAACGCUUGAUCGCAAGAAAACCAUGAACAAUAUGAAGUGCCUGGCCACAGUACACGGGCCGGUACGGGGCAGGGGAAGGGGGACGAUACAGAGGCCGCGGGGUCCGGCCAUUGAGCAGCUGAUCGCCGAGGAGUGCGGGGAGAUGUACCUAAAUAGGAGCCAAGAUGAGCUUGAUGAUUCCGAGGAUGCUGAAGAAGGAAUAUGUCCGCACGACACACCAUCGAGAGUGCCUUUAAUCUGGAAUGAUGAAAAUCACAAGACGAAGAGUUGUGCAGUUCCCAGUAGCAGUGUGUCCACGAGUGUGCAGCAUCAAAACCACAGCCUCGAACACUGCCACAUACCAGUGGGCAUUGUAUUGUUUCUCCUAAUAGGAUAUAUAUGCGUUGGAGCGGCCAUUUUCUCCGCUUGGGAGAACUGGAGUUUCCUCGACGCAGCCUAUUUUUGCUUCAUUGCAUUAGCCACGAUAGGCUUCGGUGAUUUCGUACCAUCGAGUUUCCUGACGUUAAAGCAAAGUGAGACUACUAGAAGCGAAUACAUACAGAUGAUCGCCUGUUGCGCUUAUCUUGUUUUUGGACUUAUAUUGAUAGCAAUGGCCUUUAGCCUGCUUCAAGAUGAAGUUGUGUCUCGGUGUACCCAGCUCGCCCAAAGUCUAGGUCUAACUCGACAAUGACAAUACGCGAAGAGCGAUUGCAGCUCCACAGAUAAUCAUUUAAGGAUGUUAUGAUCGAUG